GACACAUUCCCCAACCUCGAGUAUAAAUAGCGCCGCACUUCCAGGUGUUCGGCAGAGUCGCUGAACUCAACCAAACGUUCAGUUCCUACUCGUCUCGAUUAUAAUCUUGAAAGGAUGUGGCGCUUGACGGCGACGCUGCUGCUGCUGGCUCUGGCCUCGGCCGAACCCCAGGGAUACAAUUACCCGGAACCUGACAACGGUUAUCUACCCCCAUCCCCAAGCAACCCGACUUGUCAGAUUGCUCCCAUCACUUCUGUCGUCUACAAUACUCAGGUCCAGACCUCCGUCCGCCUCCAGACCGUCAAUCAAGUCAACACUCAGUACAGAACCACGACCAUUGUCAGGCAACAGGUGGUACCAACCACUCUUUUCCAGACUCGUGUCCAGACGCAGGUCCAGUAUCAGACCAGCGUUGUUCAGCGCACUAGUAUUCGUGCUAUUGACAGGUUUGUCACUCAAACCAUUCCCAGUCAACCUGUUGUACAAACUCGUUUCGUCACUUCAACCCGUGUGGUGCCACAGGUCAACUAUGUGACACGUACACAGGUGCAGACACAGGUGGUUCCUGUCGAGGUGACCAGAACUCAAAUCAGGACUGUUAACCAGCCUGUUACCAACUACGAGACACAGGCACGCCAAGAGACCCGUGUUGUUACUAUUCCAGGUCGUGACGUUGUACAAACUCGAGUUCAGACUGUUGUUCAGACCUCCAUUGUCAGGAGCCAACAGCCAGCUAACACCCGAUAUGUAACAUCAACACGUGUGCAACAGGUUGUCGAGACAUCUGUUGUCCGUGGACAGGACGUUCUAAGAACUACUGUCGCUCAGCGUCAACAAGUCAUUCCUUUCACAUCUGUUAACACUCGUUUCGAGAAUGCCUUCGCUACUCGUGAACAGGUGGUGACAAGGACCAAUGUUGCUACCCAGACACGUGUCCAAACACAGGUGGUGCCCCAAGAAGUGGUGCGUACUCAGGUGGUUCCCACCACCAUCUACACCACUCUCUUCGAGACAAGGGUUCAGCCAUUCACACAAGUGCAGACCGUUGUCAGGACCCAGUACGUCACACCGGUCCCCGUCGUACAAACCCGUCAGGAAGUCAGAACCUCUGUGGUCCAAGUACCCGGUCAAGACCGUGUCGUUAACCGCGAGGUGGUGCAGACCCAACAAAGACAGGAGGUCGUGUACCGCACAGUCAACCAACCUCGCCAAGUUACCGUCACUCAGACAGUUACUUCCUCUUGUGGUUAUAAUUACGAUGCCCCGGCUAUUCCUUUCAACUUCUAAAGAUGAUUUCUCCUUGCCAUAACGUUUAGAUCAGUAUCUCAAUAUCUGCCAAUAUUAUUUGAUACAAUACAAUCGUGGGUAAAUCGUGAAGCGUUUUCGAAGUAUCUGUCUGCAGUUCUUAAUGAUUUUACCAUCAUAUUAUGAAUGAGCUUUGUAUUUAUGUAAAUGACAAAUACACUCCAAUAUUCCUA